AUGCUUCUCUCCAACAUUAUUACCAGCACCGCUUUGCUCAUCUCCCUCCCUGGAGUCUCAGCUUAUAGCACCAAAAAGUUUGAAUGCAUUCCAGGACGGCGCGUUUCUGCAGAGGAACAAGCGAUCAACUUUUCCAACUUCGUUCAAACACUGUAUAUUGAAAAGAACGUCUCCCGUGCCUUCAACGAACAUGCCCUCGAAUCUUACAUUCAACACAACCCGCUCAUGACAUCGGGCAGACAAACUACAAUCGACUUUUUAUCGUCAGCAUUUCCGGGUUGGAACAUCACCGUCAAGCAUCAAGCAUUUCAAGAUGACAUUGGCUGGAUUCACUGGAAGUUGGAGGGAUACGGAACAGCGAGAUACAAUGCUGUGGUAGAUGUCUUCAGGUAUGAAGAUGGCUGCAUUGCCGAGCAUUGGGACGCAAUUCAAGCGGCUCCUGGUGAGGACCGCGUCAACCCUCUCGAAUUGAUUUGA